CCGGAAACGGUCCUCUGCCUCCGGUCUACAAUAUUAACAAUCCUCUGCCAAUACUUCUCUAUUACCUCCAUCUCAAUAUCGAAUUCACUUCUUCUUCUCGCUUCUAUUCUUCUUCUAUUCUCCCUGACGUACACACAUGACGACGCUUGAAGCGCUUGUCCCCGCGCCGCCACGCUCUGCGACCAGUAGUACUGCUUCCUUCGCCGUGCGCCUUGCGACGUUGCGCACGACUUGAGUUUCCACUUCUCUGCUUCGAUUACCUGCAUAUACAUACGCUAUACGCCUUACGCCAACCUCAUUCUCAUUAUCCUGUCCGUUCGCAUAGUAGGCAUGUCCGUCGUUCACUGCCUGUCGUGAGUUCGCAUAGAAGAAUCCUGAAAGAGACGGAUAGUAUACAGACAGGAAGAAAAGAUACUCAAAAAAGGCAUACGAAAAUGUCCUCGCUAGGCGCUCCAGGACCAUUAAUAGACAACCAAUGGUCCAAGUUGUCGACCUUCACACAGCAGAUCCUCCCACGUCGCUCGCGACCUCGUCCGACCAGAACACUUCUAAUCGCGGUCGCCUCGUUUUGCUUAUUGCUUCUUUGGCUCCUACAAUCAUCUGGGGAGCCGGCGAUCAACUAUUGGACGCAAUUCCCAUCCCUCCAUCCAUUCCGCACAUCCCCCGAAGACGCUUCGAUCCUCAUCCCGCAUAACUCUACCUUGACUCGAAAUGAUACCCUACCUAUCAACCUGGACAAGAACAGUCCGUCCUUUCAUGUGGUCAUUCCCGCGACACAGCGAACGCCCCCGCUCUGUCGGCUGAUCACGUCCGCUAUGAUCUUGAAUUACCCUCCUCCGACAUUGAUCAACUAUGCCAAGUCGCUGCCGGACGGUUCUACGGAUUACGAUGCCAUGGUGGACAAGGUGACGGGGAUCUACAACUAUUUGUCGGCUAGUCGCCACGUUCACGAUCAGGACUUCGUGCUUGUUCUUGAUGAGACGGAUUUCUUCUUUCAAUUGCCGCCGGAGGUGAUGAUCGGGCGAUUCCAGGAUCUCCUCCGUGAAAGAAAUGCGAAACUGCGCAGGAAGUAUGGUCUGGUGGAGAUGGGCUCUGAUGCCUCGUCAGAAACUGUGCAGAAGUAUUCCCAGCGGGUGUUAUUCGGCGCAAGCAAGACGUGCGACUUGAGCAAGUUGAACAUGUCAUUGGACCCUGGUUGCGUCACAGUGCCGCAGUCGGCGAUGCCUCCUGAUGCGUAUGGGUGGAAGACGGAUAUUGAUUCAGACGUUGCGCUGAACCGGCCGCGAUGGUUGAAUCCCGGCGUGGCAAUGGGACAAGUGGCAGACCUUAAACUAGUCUAUGGCCAAGUCCUGCAAUUCGUGGAGAAGCAGAAACGCAUCAAAAACGCCGACCAUGUCGCAUUGACCCAAAUGUACGGACGACAAGAAUACAUCCGCGAACUAGAACGACAAAGAAGCUCCAACGGCCUCAUGGAAUGGCUCUACCGCCAAAUAGGCAUCUCAGACGCAACCAACAUCACCGGCGCCGCAGUCCCAUACCUAAAAUCUGGAGCCCGCUACGAAUAUGGCAUCGGCGUCGACUCCGAAUCCCGCAUUUUCUUCGACACGACCAACUCCAAACGCGACAUGGAAUGGCUCCACUACAACAACAUCACAAAAACCUCCCUCGUGCAGAUGGAACACGGCGUCCCCCGAGAACACCGCCUCCUCCUCCCCUCCGACCUCACCCUCCCCUCCCCCUUCUACCACCCCAACCUCACCAAAGACGAAGUCACCAACCCGCCCUACAACGACACCCUCGACGCCCUCCCCAACCCCAAAAACCGCUCCUGGCGCAACCUCCCCCUCCUCACAUACAUCCCCUCCGCCUCCGUCCCCGCCCUAAUCCACCUCAACGGCAACCGCGUCGCCCGCGACGAGUUGUGGUUAAAAAUGUGGUACCAGCCGUGGGCCCGCGCGCUACUGCGCAAGUACAUGCGUACACCGCUAGGUUUCGACGUCGCGCAGUCUGCACUGUUGGGCGGACAGGAGUGGUGGGAUUUGCGUGGUGGGAAAGGCGGUAUUUGGACGGGGCAGGGCGAGUGGAUGGAUUAUGGGGAGGUUUGUAGAGGGUUUGAGAGGGAUGUGUUUGAGGAUGGGUUUGGGGGUUGGGGGAAGGAGGAUGGGAGUGAGGAUGGGCCGGUUUAUAAUCAGUUUGGGAAUGUCGUUAAGGGGGGCUAGCUGCCUCUUUUCUUGGUUGUUUGAUUGCGUUUUGCCUGCUCAAGUAUGGCGUUGGUUGUUUUUGCGGUAUAUAUAUGACUAGCUGUAUGAUAGACCUUGAGAUUGAGACGAAAUGAACCGAAUGCGUAUGCAAGGCCCCACACCGCCAUCCACACAUACUCAAUUCUGCCGGCAAAACCAACUUUUUCAAUUCCCUCCGC